AUGGGUAAUCAGUGCUGCGCCACUAAUCUUCAGGAGGACGACUCAAACCUUAAUUUCGUAAAAGCGCAAGACUUAAAAAAUAUAAUGCCAAAGCAAGAAUUGGAGGAACCCUACGAACAGAGCAAUAGAUUAAUGAAUAGUGAGAAAUAAAAUAAAAUGAAUCAUAAGGAACUGAAGCAGUCAACAAUUAAAUCUAGUUUCCAAAGGCAAUCAAGAUCAUAAUCAGUGCAAAUAGUAAAUCUUAAAAUUUUUAUCAACGACGAAGAUUUCGAAACUACUAAGAGAGUUGACCUCAGACAUCAGGGGUUGAGAAUUGACGACAAGAUGAGAGCUUCAAUAAAAUAAAUGUCUAAUGAAAAAGUUCAUCAGAAAAUAUAAUUGCUAAAUUAAAGUUUGAAUUCAAAAGCUUAAUUCUACAGACUUUGUCUAAAUGAAAAAUACGACAAGGAAUUCGAUGCAAAUAACGAUUUUAUUGAGACACCUUAUGCUACAAUCGACUCGGCUGAGAUAGAAUCCUAAAAUACUUAAUAUAAGAAAAGAAAUCCUGAUAUAAGUGCUAUAUCAGAAAUUUCGCCAAUUCAGAUUCAAAAAUAUGUAGGUACCACUUAAAAUGAUGAGGAUUCUUAGAUAAUAAGCUUGGAUGAGUACUUUAAAAUCAAAGGGCAUUUAAGAAACAAUUUAAAGAUAGAGAUUCCUAGCCAACCUGAAAGUGUACUCUAUGAUUCUAACUAGUAUUAAGCAAAUAGCAGCUUACAUCAAAGUAACAAUAAUUUAAGAAGCUCAUAGAGCAAAUUAGGGUAUUCAACAAGAGUUAUAAUUAUUGAUGAUUUCAAUUCACAAGAAUCAAGAUUUGAACAGAAUUUGGAUGUACUUACUGAAUCAAGUCAGCAAGAUAUCAUUUUUAGACAAUAUAGAGAUAGCAGAAGAAGCUCUUCAUAUGGAACGGAAGUAAGAGUAAUAAGCAACUCAUAUAUGGGCUCAAAUACUUAUACUGAGACCUCAAUAAAGAAAAUUGAGCAGUCAUCUUAGAGUGAGUUUAGCGAUAAAAGAAUGCAAUAAAAUAAGAUGGGUCUUGUAAUUGAUUUGAGUUAAGCUCAAUCCUUAUCAAGCCAUUUCUCUAAGAAAUCCAAUAGGUCACAAUCACCAGCGCCAAUCAACAAUAGAAAGUCUAAUGCAAGAAUGGGAUAGAUAAGUGACACUAAAAACUUAAACCUCAACUUUAAAAGCCAGAAAUAUAUAGUAAUAUAAGAGGAGGACAAAGACGAACAAAAUGAUCUUACACCUGUAAAAUUAGACAAGAAAAUAAACACUAUGAGAGUCUCAGUUAACUUUGAGGAUCUUAAGAAAGUUCUAAAUGAAGGAUCUGGCUCCUUGUCAAGUCUUAACUCAGGAGUAAACUUUCUAAUUGGAAAGGAUAUUUACGAUCUUAGCAGCAAAAGGAUAGGAAAUUCUAAGUAGAAACUCAAUGUGCACAAGAAAUAGCAAAUCUUUAAAAGCUAAAAUGAUUCUGAUGUAAAGGAUGGAGAUAGCUAUGAUAGAAAUAAUUUCAAUGUGAUGUCUCGUAAAAGAACUGGGCAGCCAAACCAAAACCCUAAUGGUCGUCAAUUUUCCGCUAAAAAACAUCACUAGGGCGACAGAGAUAAAACUUUUGAUGAUUAAUAUGAUUGA